GAAAGUAGGUGUAAGAACAUUAUUAGUGCGAGCUGACAUGUCUGGCGUAUUGCAGAGCGUGGGACGUUUGGGAAAGUUUGUUAGAGUUGCUUCUGAAUUUUGUUAUAACAGGAUUUACGUUGGUUUAGGAUUCCAGACAAAUUUUCAUAGUAAUCCUACAACUGUUAGCCAGUCUGAUAUGAAAGUGCAUUUGCUUCCAGCCCUUUCAGAUAAUUAUAUGUAUUUGUUGGUAGAUGAUGCUACCAAAGAAGCUGCAAUUGUUGAUCCUGUGGAACCAGAAAAGGUUACAGCAGCAGUGAAUAAAGAAGGUGUGAAACUUACCACUGUAUUAACAACCCAUCACCACUGGGACCAUGCUGGAGGGAAUGAGAAGCUUGUGCAGGCAGUUCCAGGACUGGCAGUCUUUGGUGGAGAUAGCAGAAUUGGUGCUUUAACUCAUUCUAUUAAACAUGGAGAUGAAUUCAAGGUGGGAUCACUUCAAAUUCGCUGUCUCUUCACACCAUGUCACACCAGUGGACAUAUAUGCUAUUUUGUUACUGGAGAAAAAGAUGAAAACCCACUCGUUUUCACUGGAGACACAAUGUUUGUUGGAGGCUGUGGAAGGUUUUUUGAAGGAAGUCCUGAACAAAUGUAUCAAGCUUUAGUCAAGACUUUAGGAGCACUACCAGAUAACACAAGAGUUUAUUGUGGGCAUGAAUACACUGUCAAAAAUCUUAAGUUUGCUCAAACUGUUGAACCUGAAAAUACAGCAAUCAAAGAAAAACUAUCUUGGGCUCAACAAAAACGUAAGGAGCAGGAGCCAACAAUUCCUUCAACCAUUGGAGAAGAAAAGACUUUCAAUCCAUUUAUGCGAGUAGAAGUCUCAGCAGUUCAGAAACAUUCUGGUACAAGUGAUCCAAUUAAAACCAUGGCAAUUAUUCGUAAAGAAAAGGAUAACUUCUAAUUCUGAUAGUUUCUUUUUUAAAAAUAUUGUUGUUACAGAAGUAAUACUUAUGUUACUGAUAUGAAAGUAACAUUGCAACUAUAUAUGUAUAAGUAUUGUAUAUCAAACAGAAAUAUUAUUUUUUGUUUUUGUAGUGUUCAUGACUAAGAUUUAUGUGGUAAUUCUCUUGGUUAUGCAUGCAAUCCAACUUUUAUCAGUAGUGCAGCAGCUCUUGAAGUUUGGUGAAAAUAUGAUAGAGAAUGUAUUAAUAUGUAGACAAAUUACAGAUUCUGAUAUUUGGUUUAUGGAUAUUGUGAGAAGACUCCAUUUUGAAUUUAUUGUUUGUGCAAAAAUUACUCUGUUGAAGCCAACUAGUUAUAAACAUGCUUUUCUAUGCUCUUGGACAGAGUUAAAAAAUAGUAAUUUUGUAAUGAAAUAACUUACAUUCAUAUUGGAAAUACAUGAAUAACACAUCAAAGGUAAAGGAAAAGAAAAAAUGCUCUAAAUUUUGGAAUAGUACUUACUUUAUGUAUAGGAAAAGGUGUUUUUUCUAGUGCCUACAUGAUGCAUCUAUAUAUCUGACAGUACAUGUGUAUCUAUAAUAAUUAGCUUAAACAAUACAUUAUUAAUGCUGUAUCUUGAUUGGCCUGGUUUUAGACUAUGGCACAGGAAAAAUAAAGACAUGUAUAUUAAACAUACAA